AAGAUUAAUGUUAUUAUUUAAGAAGCUUCUCUCCUGAGGGAGGAUUAAAAAACUGUCUAUAAAGUAAGUUUCAUUUUAUCCUUUGAAGUGUGUGAGAGAGUGAAAACAUGGCCACUAUCAAGCCAACUGGAAAGAAGGCAUGUGUGAUUGGAGGGAGUGGAUUUAUGGCCUCUUUGUUGAUCAAGCAGUUGCUUGAAAAGGGUUAUGCUGUCAAUACCACAGUUAGAGACCCAGAUAAUACUAAAAAAAUACCUCACCUUUUGGCACUGCAAAGUUUGGGCGAAUUGAACAUAUUUGGAGCAGAUUUAACUGGUGAAAAAGAUUUUGAUGCUCCUAUAGCAGGCUGUGAACUUGUCUUCCAGCUUGCUACACCUGUGAACUUUGCUUCUGAAGAUCCUGAGAAUGACAUGAUCAAGCCUGCAAUCACAGGCGUCUUGAAUGUGUUAAAAGCAUGUGUGCGAGCAAAAGGAGUCAAACGAGUCAUCUUGACAUCUUCAGCAGCUGCUGUGACCAUAAACCAACUCAAGGGAACUGAUCUGGUUAUGGAUGAAAGCAACUGGACUGAUGUUGAGUACUUGAGCACUGCAAAGCCACCCACUUGGGGUUAUCCUGCCUCCAAAGCACUAGCAGAGAAGGCAGCAUGGAAAUUUGCUGAAGAAAAUCACAUUGAUCUCAUCACUGUGAUACCUACUCUCACAACUGGUCCUUCUGUCACUACAGACAUCCCAUCAAGUGUUGGCAUGGCAGCGUCCCUCAUAACAGGCAAUGAUUUCCUCAUAAACGCUCUGAAAGGUAUGCAGUUGCUAUCAGGUUCAAUAUCCAUCACUCAUGUGGAGGAUAUUUGCCGAGCACAAAUAUUUGUGGCGGAGAAAGAAUCGGCUUCUGGUCGAUACAUUUGCUGUGCUCACAAUACUAGUGUUCCUGAGCUUGCAAAGUUUCUCAGCAAACGAUACCCUCAAUAUAAAAUUCCAACUGAAUUCGAUGAUUGUCCCUCAAAGGCAAAGUUAAUAAUCUCUUCCGAAAAGCUUGUCAAAGAAGGAUUCAGUUUCAAGUAUGGAAUUGAAGAAAUUUAUGAUCAGACUCUGGAGUACUUAAAGAGCAAAGGGGCUCUGAAUAACUGAAUUUUGAAAAUUCUAAUGCUCUAGCAAACUCUCCACUUGUUAUGUAGUAGCAUCUUGCGAAUAAUUAAUCAAGGGGAAUAGCAACCAUCUCUGUUAAUCCACUACUUUAUUACCACCUCCUUAAAUUACUGAUUAUGAUAUUCCCCACUUUGUUAAAAAGAGAGCUCAGUCGCUUUAUUAAGUUUGGAUUUGAUUAUGCUUGUUGUUCAAA